AUGAACGUUCAUGGUAUAUACGAGACAAGUUCAACUAUGCAGACUUUUUCCUCUCGACGAGAAUACCAGAGCUAUCUUCAAACAGAGGCCGGUGCUUCAGGAUCAUUUUUCGGUUUCUAUGCUGGAGUCAAAUCUGCCUAUGGAAUGUCAUCUAGUUCAAAUCAACAAACCAAUCUUGCUGUUUUUGAUUUUGAUAUACUCAGGUGAAUUUUCAAUAUUAAAAAAAUAUCACUUACUUACUCAUUUAACAAAUAAAGCAAAAACAAAAAUAUCUUGAAAACAAAGACAGAUCUGAUAAAGAAAUUUUACUUAAUAUUAAUUUGUUUUACCAUUUAAGGUAUGAAAUAUUUAAAGACGAAGUCAAACCGCAAGAUCUCUCACGCGCAUUCCUGCAUGAGUUCGUGAGUUUACCAGAAUCUUACUUCCAACCAGGUGCUGCAAUUAAAUUUAGUAAGUGA